UUUCAGUUUUUUUAGGCUUCAUCAAUUGUCCCAUCAUGGAAAGAAUGUCUUGCCCACCCUGGAAAAAGCAAAGUUAGAGAUCAACAAUUUCUCCUUCCUGUGCUGUUGCUCAGUGCACCAGGUUUGAUAUGGACCAAGCUAUUAUAGAAGGUCUGGACUUUAGAGAGAAAAGCGAGAGAGCUCAAAGUUUAACACCCUUUCCUACAGCACGGCCAAUUUCACUCCUCACAAAUGCAACUGAUCAGAGAGCAGAAAGGCUGGAGCUGCCUGUUUGGACUAGAGGGCGGAACGCGGAGAUAGCCCGGAACGGUCGCCGCGGAGUCCGUGUUGCCGCGGGGGCGCUAUUGGGAACGGGACCGGCGGUGUGCGAAGGGAACAGGGUAGCCAUGGCCGGUUCCGCUGCUGCCGCUGCCCCGGGGCCCAGCGCCCCCAGGAGGCUGAAUGUGAACGUGGGGGUCCUGGGGCACAUCGACAGCGGCAAGACGGCGCUGGCCCGGGCGCUCAGCACCACCGGUUCCACCGCCGCCUUCGACCGGGCCCCGCAGAGCCGCGCUCGGGGCAUCACCCUGGACCUGGGCUUCUCCUGCCUCCGCGCCCCGCUGCCGCCGCACCUGGGCCCCGGCCCCGGCGAGCUCCAGCUCACCCUGGUGGACUGUCCGGGACACGCCUCCCUCAUCCGGACCAUCAUUGGCGGUGCCCAGAUUAUUGAUUUGAUGAUGCUCGUCAUAGAUGUGACAAAAGGGAUGCAGACUCAGUCAGCAGAGUGCUUGGUGAUUGGGCAGAUUGCCUGCCAGAAGAUGGUAGUAGUUCUGAACAAAAUAGACCUUCUUCCAGAGGGGAAGAGACAAGCUGCCAUUGAGAAGAUGACGAAGAAAAUGCAGAAGACUCUGGAAAAUACAAAGUUUCAAGGGUGUCCUAUUGCUGCUGUUGCAGCUAAGCCAGGUGGACCAGAAGCCCCAGAGACUGUGAAUCCACUGGGUGUUUCUGAACUAAUUGAGGUCCUGAAGUCUCAGGCUUACCUGCCAACAAGAGAUCCCACGGGACCCUUUCUUAUGGCCAUCGACCACUGUUUCUCCAUCAAGGGUCAAGGCACAGUGAUGACAGGGACUGUUCUUUCUGGCUCCGUUAGCCUAGGUGAUAAUGUGGAGAUUCCUGCCCUGAAGGUGACAAAGAAAGUCAAAUCUAUGCAGAUGUUCCAUACUCCUGUAACGUAUGCCAUGCAGGGUGACAGAGUAGGCGUCUGUGUGACCCAGUUUGAUCCCAAGCUGCUAGAACGAGGUCUAAUCUGUACUCCAGAAUCUCUCCAGACCAUACAUGCUGCUGUCAUCUCCUUGAAGAAAAUCCAGUAUUUCCGUGGUGCUCUUCAGACCAAAGCCAAGUUUCACAUCACAGUUGGUCAUGAAACAGUCAUGGGAAGAGUGAUGUUUUUCAGCCCAGCCCCUGCUGACUUCAGCAAAGAACCCCUGGAGAAUGCUUUUGAUUUUGAAAAGGAAUAUCUUUAUCAAGAGGAAUACUUAUCCAAGGGCUCAAAAUCUUCAGAGGAAAACAAAGAAAAUGACCAAACAGGAGAAGGGCAGCUUCCAAGGCAACAAUGGGCUUUACUGGAGUUUGAAAAACCUGUCACUUGUCCUAAAUUUUGCCUUGUGAUUGGCUCCAAGCUGGAUACUGAUAUUCAUGCAAACACCUGCAGAUUGGCAUUCCAUGGGGUAUUGCUUCAAGGGAUGGAAGACAAGAACUACGUUGAGACUUUUCUUCCAAAGCUGAAAGUGUACAAAUUGAAGCAUAAGGAAGGACAAGUAGAGAGGAUGCUGGAUGAUUAUAGUGUGAUUGGUCGUUCAUUGUUUAAGAAGGAGACCAACAUCCAGAUUUUUGUGGGGCUAAAAGUCAAACUAUCUACAGGAGAGGAUGGAGUAAUAGAGGGCGGCUUUGGGCAGAGUGGCAAAUUUAAAAUCCGAAUUCCAAACGGACUCAAGCCAGAUACAAAGGUGUUUCUCACUGUCCCCUCCAAGAAGAAAUCCAAGGCAGGGAAGGGAGAUACAGCCAAAGAGGAUGAAAGCAGCAAGGUUGACUCAGCCCAGCCUGUUACUAUCAGCCUUCUCUUUAAAAGAUACGUCUUUGACACACACAAGAAAAUGAUUCAAUCUUGAGAAGGCGGAAGAGGCCUUCUAGCUGAUGUCUGAAGUGUCCUUAAAAGGCUUACACACCGAAAUGAAUUCAGGUGGAACGAAUUUCUUAUCUGAAAACCUUGGACUUUGAAAGGCUUUUUAUCUCAGUAACAUCCUAUAAGGGCGCCUUCUACCUGGACUGAAGCUGGAAAGUCCUCCUAUCCUCAUGACUACACUUGGCCUCCAGAAUCUGUUUGUUCUGAUUUUGCUGUUUGAAUUUCCCUGCUGUCCCUCUUGGCAAGUGUCACCUGCCAAUUUGUACAGUUGUGUUUUACAGUUGAUAGAAAUGUUUUCGUGAAAUGUUUUAAGUUUCUUUUAAUUUAAGCAUUCUGCAGCAAAAUCCAAACCCAGUAGCAUUUGGGAAAUUUUAUGAGAACCAGUAAAUGAAACUAACCAGUCUAUUUCACGCCCCAAGCUGAGUGAGGGGCAAAAAAUACCCAAUGUAAAUGGUGAAAAUUAAAAUAGAUGUUUUGAAUUCUUUCAGAUCUAAUAAUGUAAGUUGCGGUCUGAGAGACAAGUAUGGAAGUUUUGUAUAAGUGAUUUAUAUCUUGACAGGGUGCAGUGUUAGAACAUCCUCGUAAGCAAAUAAUUUCAGGGUCUGUAUUGUUAUGUUUCCUAGUCUGGCAGUUCAGAACUGCUUUUCUACAAUAUUUCACAUAGCUUUUGUGAGUCUGCUGGCUAUUUAUUUGAUUCUUUAGGAAAUUGGGAGGCUAAGCUAUUCUGAAUCAUUGCUAAGAAAAUAUGUGCUGGAACUGCUUUAAUUUUUGUAACCAAAGUGCUUGUUUUGUGAGAAUGAAACAAAAAGUUGCCUGUGGAAA